AUGACAUCAAUGCUAAAGAGCUACCUGGGGUAUAGUGACCCGGCGGGUGACAAGAGUGCCCAGGAAGGCUCCCCCACAAGAGCUCUCCCUGCCAAUUGGUACACCUCUCAAGAGAUGUACGAGCUUGAACGACGAGCGGUCUUCUCAAGAAAGUGGCUUUUGACCACACACAAGUUGCGUCUCGCAAAGACCGGUGACUAUUUGAAAUACGAUAUCGCGGGAUUCCCUUUUAUCAUUGUCCGCGACCGCGAUGGGAACAUCAACGCAUUCCAUAAUGUCUGCCGUCAUCGUGCAUUUCCUGUUGUUGCCGAUGAUGCAGAUAGUGGAACCGCUCGAAUCUUUGCCUGCAAAUAUCACGGCUGGUCUUAUGGCUUGAACGGGAAACUCGCCAAAGCACCAGGCUAUCAAGACCUAGAGGGAUUCGAUAAGUCACAGAAUGGAUUAUUCUCUAUUCAUGUUCAUGUGGAUGGCAACGGGUUCAUUUGGGUCAACCUUGACAGUGCCGAGAAACCCGAGAUUUCAUGGGAGGAUGACUUCAAGGGUAUUGACCUGCAGUCGCGGUUCCAAGACUUCGACUUCAGUGAAUACCAAUUCGACCACACGUGGGAGAUGAACGGCGACUAUAACUGGAAGGUUCUCGCCGACAAUUAUAACGAGUGCUAUCACUGCCAGACUGCUCAUCCUGACGUUCCAUCGGUCGCCAGCCUCGAUACCUACGAUGUUGCCACGAAGAAUGCUAGCAUUAUUCACCACCCCGGCACUACGGAGGAACAAAUCGCCAAGGGCAUGAAUAUUUGCAGCACAUACUACUUCCCCAGUGCCUCUAUGACCGUCUCUCCACACUUCUUCUUUAUGCAGCGCUUUGUUCCUACCUCGCCAACUAGCUGCGUUAUGCGCUAUGAAGUCUACCGUCACAAGAACUCGAGCGAUGGGGAUUUCGAGCAUGUCAAUCAGAUGUUCAAGCGGAUCAUGGCCGAAGACAAAGAACUCUGCACCGAAGCUCAGAAGAACUUGAACAACGGCGUCUUUGUCAAUGGUGAACUCCAUCCACAAAUGGAGAAGGGGCCACUCUACUUCCAGGGCAUUGUUCGUGACCUUGUUAUCAACUUCCACAAACGUGAAGAAGAGACUGGACGACAGAUUUGGCCAUCUCGCCAGGCUCUUCCUUCAACUGCUACCACCAGUCAGGAGGACAUGGACUUCUGCACCAAUCUAACCACCCAGAAACAAGGGGCUGAUUGUGCGACGCAGGUCAGUGGGUGCUGUGGGGGAGGAUGUCAGACAGCUGGCAACCAGGCACUUGCCUACUGA